CAGAGGAGACGCGCAAGAGGCGAGAACAACCUGAUCCAGCGGAGCCAGUGAGCGAGAGGCAGCAGAUACGCGGGGAGGCAAAGUGUGAGACGUGCAGAGAGCUGACAACCACGAGAGAGACAUUCACAUCGGAGCAGAUGCCACGAGCAGUCAAGUGAAUCGCGCCGGGAUGAGAAUAAUCUGACUCCUUUUUGCCGCGGAGUUUCCAGAGAAUUACGCACGACGCGCUGUUCCAAGGUGACCAACUUUUACGCGCAGACCUCUGGAGUUGUGGGGGUUUUACUCAUCCUACAUUUUUUUAUUUUUUUACACUGAAGUGCGAUUUUGAAUCGGGGAGCUCGUUACCUGACACGUUUCUUUGGAGUUUUGACAUUAAAGUGGACGCAUCUGGCACCUUUACGCAUUUGAGCACAAAAAAAUCUCACAUUUGGAGACAUUUUUCUGGAAUCAUUACGCGGACUCCUCAUCACACUGACUGAUAGAAUUGGAACUGCGUCGCUGUAGAUUCCCUCAAUCACAAUAGCUCGCGUUUACGCACCUGUCCCACUGCAGUCUCUGGUAGUGAGUUUUUGGGUAUGGACACAGUCAGACGUCUCGCCUGCGCGUGAGUCACCGUGAGCAAACAUUUGGACAAGCGUCGCUUAAAGGCAGUGGCACAUUGCGUUGGGAUAUCUUAACGGUGCGCGUCUCGCACAGGCACAAGCGGCCAGCGCGCGGCACCGGGACCAGGCUCGGUGCAGCCGGGGGAUUGGACACCGACGUGCUAAAUGCCCAGCCGGUCGCUUGCGGCUCCUCAGGCUGGGCGGCGACAUGAGGUCCUCGGUCCUGCUGCUGCUGCUGAGUGCGCUCUCAGCGGCGCUUCUGAGGCUCGGCAGCGCUGAGGGCGAUCCUCUCCCUCUGUCGCUGGUCGACCUGGUGAGGAAUUCUCCCAUCUCCUCUGUAGACGAGCUGAAAGUGCUGCUGCUGCAGGAGGCCAAUGCAAUAGAAGAGGAAGAAGAUGAGCAAGACGUUCUCACAAACCACACCCACGGCAGAUAUACCAGAAGUCUUGUGGAGGCACAGCCGGCGCAGCAGGCGGCCUGUAAAAUUCGGACAGAGGUGAUGGAGGUGACCAGGUCCAUGCUGGACCGCCGCAACGCCAACUUCAUGCUGUGGCCGCCGUGCGUGGAGGUGCAGAGAUGUUCGGGCUGCUGCAACACGAGGCUCCUGCAGUGCAUCCCCACCGUCACCUCCAGCAGAUACCUGCAGGUGAUAAAGAUCCAGUACAUCAACAGGAAGCCUCACUACGACAAAGCCAUAAUCUCAGUGGAGGAUCACGUCAGCUGCAGGUGUCAACCUGCCACGUCUUCCACAUCUUCCUCGUCCUCUUCAUCCUCGUCCCCCUCGUCCCUUCCCGUCGCUCGCUCCCCCGUUCAGAGCAACCCAAACCCCCCUCCACCACAGCAGCCCGCCUCCUCCUCCCACCUUCCCCUGCCCCUUCCACGAUCAGUCCACCCUGUUUCGCCCAAGAAUCACGCAUCCAAGGCUGACCUCCAUCGCCAUGACGACCUGAAGCACAACCAGCAGCACUACCAUUCAGAGGAGCGCGAGCCGGUGGCCAGGCAGUGGCAGCAGGGCAGCUACACCCAGCUGGUGCACUGGACACAGCCCAGGGUGCACCAGGGGCCCGUGCACCAGCCGAUCGCCGGGGUGCUCGGAUCCGUCAGCAGCUGGCCGUCGGAGGCGAGGGCGGAGCAUAGCGUCCUGGGAAGUACGCAGCCGGUCGGGCACGGGAGUGGGUAUGAAGGGAGCAAGGAGGAAGACGUGGCGAACAGUGAAGGGCAUCAUCCGGACCACGCCCAGAGGCAGCAGCAGGUGCUGCAGCAUCAGCAGAGACAACAGUAUCAGCAGCAAUAUCUGUAUCAUCACCAGCCACAUCGUCCACAGCCGUACAACCACGGAGGAGCCGAGGAACCAGAGCUGAGGACGCAACAUCGACUCAACGCUCCUCAGUCCGACAGCGCCUCGCCCCCCGUCAGCCCGACACACCCACCCGCAUCAGAACAAAACCCCACCCUUCCUCUGACCACCAAUCAGAAAGACUCAGUGACCAGCCAAAUAAUUACAGAGGUCACAAAACAGACUGAGACUGAAGCAGUCAGUCAAAAAGAAGGGAGCGAGAGGGAGGAGAGCGGCUCGGCCAAUAGCGGGGACUCGGCCAGCGCCGAGCCGGCCAGUCAGGGGAAGGAGAGAGACUCUAAGCUGACCAUAGAGGAUGGUCAUUUAACAGAGGAGGAGAGGAGACACAAACUUCUUGAGAUGGUACAGAGUGAACCGGAUAAACAGACUCCUCUUCAUCCUCAUCCUCCUCAGCAAAGACCAAAGCCGACCACGUUUAAAACAGUCGACUCUACUGUGGCCCCCAUGUCCCCCUCUGCACGUCAGGCCCCGUUCCGUCCGGCUUCCCCUCGCCGCAGGAGGAAACACCGCAAACGCAUCAGCAAAGCCGCUCUCAGGGCCAUGAUCAUGUAGAGCUGCAGGUGACGCUGAACUAAUCCAAAGCUUUUGACUCGACGCGUUGCUCCAAACGGAGAGAUGAAGAAUGUGGGAUUCUUGAAUGUGCCGACGGUCGACUCUGUGGACAGAGGUGACGGACACUGCUGCUGUUUUUCCAUUGGACGACUUCAGACGCAGUUACCGUUCCUGCUCCAGAGCUGCCGCAGAGCAUCCAGCUUCAUGGAUUUGAGAAGAAAAAAAAAAAAAGAAGUGCAAUCUUAUGAACUCGUUGGACUGGAAGUUAUUUGUCAAACUAAACACUGGAUCUUAAUCCUAUGAACCACGAACAUCCCGCUAACGAGGAUCGAUGGAAGUUUAUCAGAUGCCCAAAGCUAAAGUGCUGGAGCGUCCUUGCAGUCGGUGGCCAUUGAUUGGCUCCUUUGACAUCGAGCUCAACUACUGAUCGGUGAAGCGGACGAUGACUCGGACUAUGACGUCGCUAUUUGAGGCUAAAUGUGGAGCACAAGCUGAAAGUGGAGACGUGGAGGACUGGAUGUCUACACUGGGACAAUAACUGGAAAUGCAGCUGAGGCCUCGAUGCCAAACAUUACUGUUAUCUUACAAUGUCUAACUGUAUCUAACACUGGAGUAGCCAUACACUGAUCAUAACACUGACCUUAGAGAAGUACUCCGCUGUGUACUGUAGCUUCAUGUACUGGAAAAUAUCAAUAACCUGCUCAUUUUGUACUACUGCCGGAUCCAAACAGAAUAACAAAUGCCUGCCUAGAUAACGUGUUAUGAAUAUUCACAUUAAAGCAAGUCUUAAUGACCUGGCUGUUAGAGACGCUGUUAUAGCCAACACUGUAUAAAUGCUUUUAGAAAAACGAUAUCAAGGGGGGGGAGAGAGAAAAACUUUAUUUCUUAACUUAUUUAAAAAAAAAAAGGAGGAUGCAGAGUUCUCCGGUUCUCAAGUGUAAUUAUUGUUGCAAACGUUUCAGAUUAUAA